UAGGAUCUGCACCGUUAUUCAAAGUCAGAUUGCGACUUACAACACACGGACCCCGGAGCGCACCGGAGCCGCAGUCCGUUAUGUUUGCUGAUACGCGACCGGAACUUUAUGACAAAUCAAAAUGCAUUUUUCUAAGAAAUACUCCGGGAAAAAGUAUGGACAACAGCUGCUUUGAGGACUCGUAAUUGCGCUACGCUCAAAAGCACAAGAGUAGCAACUUUACUUUCCUUUAGAAAGGCGACAGAGUGACAUUUCUACGCGCCGCUAGUUUGCGCCUGUCACAUUCGUAAAGUGCUACAAAAUUCUUCAGUUUCAUUUGGGACAUGGAGGAAAGAAAGUGUAUGAUGGAAUUAUGACAUGAUGGAUGUAAUUUAUUGCACCACUGACAGGAGUACUGUCAUUUUUUAACAGAAGUGAGUGUUGCAGUCUACCGUGGUGAUCUAUCCAUUCAUACUUGGAAAGGAGUAACUUGUCUUUAUGAUAUUUUUAAGUUAUUAUCACCCAGAAAAGAUUGUGCCCUGAUGUCAUGGGCUGACCUGGGACCGCACAGUUGAUAGUGUGGGGGACAAUGUCGGGACCCUGCGUCCGCAUCCCGUUUUGGGUUCGUGUGUUUCUCCUUCUGCUGCUUCAUAGAGUCUCUGCGGGCUGUCCAGAGCUCCUUUCCAGCGGCUGCAGCUGCGCGGAGGACCGCGGUAAAGCUCACUCUGCGCCCGGAGCGCGGAGGAAAGUGAGUUGCGGUGGAAAGGAGCUGACUGAAACGCCCGAAGUCAGUUUGCUCCCCAACAGGACCGUCUCUUUAAAUCUGAGCAACAAUCGUAUCCGUGUCCUGAAAAAUGGCUCCUUCACCGGCUUGUACUCCCUCGAGAAGCUGGAUCUCAGGAAUAACUUAAUCAGCACCAUCAUGCCUGGAGCCUUUCUGGGUCUCACAGCUCUUCGAAAACUUGACCUAUCCAGUAACCGAAUUGGCUGCCUGACUUCAGAAAUGUUCCAGGGACUUACCAACCUCACUAAAUUAAACAUCUCUGGAAACAUCUUUUCCUCUUUGGACCCAAACGUGUUUAUGGAGUUACACUCUCUAAAGCUGGUAAACUUUCAUUCUGAGUUCCUGUCAUGUGACUGCGGUCUGCGCUGGGUCCCGGGCUUUCUCCAGAGCAGUUCCGCUCGGCUUGGGGAUGAAACAAUCUGUGCAUAUCCCAGAAGGCUUCAGAACAAACCCUUACGUCUCCUUAGAGAGAGUGACCUCAGCUGUGAGGGUCCGUUGGAGCUGCACACGCUGUCUCUGUUACCCUUGCUACGGCAGGUUGUGUUUAAGGGGGACAGGCUGCCUUUCCAUUGCACUGCUUCCCUGGUUGACAAAAUCACUACCCUUCACUGGCGACACAACGGUCAGCCUGUCACCAGUGACCUUGUGAAAGGGGUUCAUUUGGAAGAGAGUGUACAACAUGACUGCACCUUCAUCACCAGUGAGCUGAUCCUGUCAAAUGUCCACGUUGAGUCAAGCGGUGAGUGGGAGUGUGUGGUCUCCACGGGCCGUGGAAAUACCUCGCGCAGUGUGGAGAUAGUGGUGCUGGAGAACAGCGCCUCCUUCUGUCCGGAGCAGAGAGUGACCAACAACCGAGGGGAGUUCAGGUGGCCUAGAACUCUAGCUGGCAUCACCUCCUACCAGUACUGUCUGCAGCUGCGUUACCCCUCCUUAAGUAUAGGGGGUGGUGUGGAGCAGAAGAAGGCUUCACGUAAUUGUGACCGCUCUGGACGCUGGGAGGAGGGAGACUACUCUCAGUGCCUCUAUACGAAUGACAUCACACGGGUCCUACAUACGUUCAUAUUGAUGCCCAUCAACGCCUCCAACGCUGUGACUCUGGCACACCAGGUGCGAUCAUACACGCUGGAGGCCGCCGGUUUCACUGACACGGUGGAUGUUCUUUAUGUGGCUCAGAUGAUGCACAAAUUCAUGGACUAUGUAACAGAACUGCGUGAGCUGUCCGAGGUGCUGGUUGAAAUGGGCAGUAACCUGAUGCAGGUAGAUGAUCAGAUCCUGGCUCGGGCCCAGAGAGAGGAAAGAGCCUGCAGUUCAGUCGUCCACACUCUGGAGACUCUCGCCUGGCCUCAGCUGCACUCUCACGCACAGGACUUUUCCAAAAAUUCCCGUAACAUUGUGAUGGAGGCUCACAUGAUUCGCCCUGCUCAUUUUACUGGCAUGAGCUGCACGGUCUAUCAGAGACGAGAGGGGGCAGGAGGGAGCCAGGUGCAUGAUGGGAUUGAAUUGUCCCUUGAGCAGCAACUGCGAUUUCGCUGCACCACAGGAACACAUAACACCUCGCUGAACGCUUUCCAUCUCAAGAAUGCAGUGGCUCUUGCUUCAGUGUCUCUCCCUGCAUCUCUUUUUCCACCGAAUGCUCCUCCUGACUGUAAGCUGCAGUUUGUGGCAUUCCGCAAUGGAAGAUUCUUCCCAUAUACCAGCAAUUUUACUGGACCUUCGGACCUUGCCCGCAGACGUGGCGUCAACACUCCAGUUAUCUAUGUUGGCCUUGAUGGAUGCAGCAUGUGGAAUCAGUCCGAUCCCAUUAUUGUGUCACUACGACACACGUCACCUGGAAAUUACCCUGUUGCUGCCCAUUGGAGCUUGCAGGCACUGGAGCAUCAUGGGAGUUGGAGUCUAGAUGGCUGUCAGCUGGCCCAUAGCGAUGUGUCCACCUCUACACUGCGCUGCUCUGUACUGAGCAAUUACGCUGUACUACAGGAGAUGCCAGAUUUCCCAGGUUCACCUUCAGUUCCAGUAGAAGUGCUCCAUCCAGUGAUCUACACCUGCACUGCAGUGCUGCUCCUCUGUCUCUUCACAAUCAUCAUCACCUAUAUACUGCAUCACAGCUCUAUCAGAAUCACGAGGAAGAGUUGGCACACCCUCCUGAACACUAGUUUCCACAUCGCAAUGACGUCUGCAGUAUUUGCUGGAGGCAUCACUCUGACCGGCUACCCAAUUGUAUGCCAGGCAGUGGGGAUUAUUCUUCACUACUCUUCUCUGUCCACUUUGUUAUGGAUCGGUGUUAGCGCCAGGGUAAUAUAUAAAGAAGCUUUAUUGAGGACUCCACAACAACUAGAAGGCGAGACUGCGGUACAACCAACCCAGCGGCCCAUGCUCAGGUUUUAUUUGAUAGCCGGCGGUGUCCCACUCAUCAUAUGUGGCAUCACUGCAGCUGUAAACAUCAAUAACUACGGAGACAACAUUCCUUACUGCUGGUUGGUAUGGCAACCCAGUUUCGGAGCUUUCUACAUUCCAGCUGGAUUGAUCAUUCUGGUGACCUGGAUCUACUUCCUGUGCACUGCUUUCUGCCUGAGGCACCAAAACUUUGAGGAGUCCAAAGAUCCUCCUUGUUCCGCCUCUGACCCCUCAACCUUACCAGAGAGUCAACCAGCACUCAGUGGCAGCACCAGUCUUCUCUCAACGGACUCUGUGGUGGGCCCAGUGCAUGCUGGGACAACAGUGGAGGACCAGUACUCAUUAAAGGUCCAGUGUUUGGCACUGGUGGCGACACAGUUUGUGUUUGUGGGGCUGUGGUGCUGCGGCGCUAUGGCCGUUUGGCACGUGGAUAGAGAGCGGAAACUCUUUAGCUGCCUGUAUGGAGGAACGGCUACUGGAUUAGGGAUCUUCUUGGUGCUUCAUCACUGUUUCAAGCGUUUGGAUGUCCAGGCUGUGUGGCUAGGGUGUUGCCCCGGGUACCAUCGUCCCCAACCAAUGCCAGCCUAUUCCCAUCCCUGCACUGCUACCGUAGGCGUCCAGAGUGUCUCGGAAAGGGGCUCCCAAAUUUUUGUAGGAUGCCACCCACCGACGGACCCCAACAAUUACUCUUCUUCUGCCAGGUCGUCAUCUACUCAAAGUGGAACGACGAGCAUUGCCGCUGGGCCUUGUAAACUCACCAACCUCCUCCAGGUGACGCAAGACAACGCGAACAACGCCGCCCGGGCACCGACGGGAACUAAUACCAACACAAGCACAAGCACGGAGAACAACAAGCCAGCCAACAAUCUGCUGCCCAGUCUAGUGCCUGUCCAGCAGCCUCAAAGGAGGAAGGCUUGUAGUCGAACCAAGGGUGGGAAUACCCAAUACCAUCACAGAGGGGACCCUAGAGGGCACUACCGCCUCAAAGCUCUCAGAGCGGGUGGAGGAGGGAGCAUGGGUGCUUUGGGACCCUCUGGGACAGAGCAAUCAAACAUCCACCUCCUACACAAACAUGCUUCCAGUGAGAAUGGAAGUCUACGGAAUAGCCAUUCAGAGAGCCAGAACGGCCUUCUGACAAAUGGACGGCACAGAGGGGAGGGACUAGUGACGAGCCCUUCGGAAGGUAGUGAUGGAGGUAGUAGUGGAAGUAGAAAACCUUUUCCACUGUUGCCUUCUAUGGCAAGUAGGGCCGCCAUGCAGCAUAAUGCUCAACGCCGUAGCGCUAGCAAAGACAAUCUUAAAUUGGCUGCCGCAGCUGAGAGAGAGUCGAAGCGAAGCUCGUUCCCACUAAACGUGACAUCAAAUGUCACUGCGACGGCUUCGUUGUCGACAGUUUCAGCACCAAAUGGAACACUAAAGGGAUCCGUGGUGGAACUGGACACUAGCGGAACUGACCAAUCACAGGGUUCGGUUGGUAUGAAGAGCAGGGUAUGGAAGAGUGAAACAACUGUAUAAUAAUGAGCUGCGGUUAGAGUUGAAAGACUUUUGAAAGUUUCUUGAAGGUGUGUACCUGUAUGCUUAGAGCCAAAGCAUGGAUUUCUUUGUCCACAACCCUGCUGAAUAAACUAGCUUAAACCAGCCAAAGAUGGUUUGCUGGUCUUAGUUGGUCUGUUGGCUGGUUUUAGAGGAGUUUUGGACACUUUUCCGCCCAACUCAACACCAGCUUAGCCAGGCUGGGAGACCAGCUAAACCAGCUUAGCAGUGUUGUAGAACUCAAGAGCCUGCCUCCAUGUUUUCAUAUGGCCUUGACUUGGAUCCCAAAGCUGGUCUCGAGUACUACAACAUUCCAUAUCUGCACAAGGUCUGUGUGACACUGAUGCAAAACCAGGCUUCAUUCAGCCCAAUGACGCAUAUAUACACUGUUUGAAUUUGAAUGGUUCAGACCCUCCUCAGGUCUCUGUCUCGGACAGUCUCGUCCAGUCACGAGUUCUACAACACUGCAGCUUAAGCUGGGUCAAAUGAGUUUUUUUCAGCAGGGUAGAGAACCAUUUGGCUCCUUCAAUGAUAAAUCACCUAUAUUUGUAAGUUUCAAAAGCGUUCUGUGGUCUUGGAACCGUCCAACAUGCAAAAAGCUAAUGCUAAGCAUGCUAAUAAAGAGAGGUUAUAUGAAGAGUUAUAUACGAAGAAAGAGAAGGGGUGUGUAUGCAAAACCUGACUCCUCUAAAAAGAGAUUGGUGGAGGAGUUGGUGUGACAAAAUAUGCAAAAUCGUUUGGUGUGCUUUUGUUUGCUUGUAAUACCACUUAAUCUAACAAACUGUUUGAACGCAAUGAAUAUUUUAAUAUUGAAUAUGCCAAGGGAUAUGAACCUAAAGUUCAGCUGUUUUGAUCUUUAUGUUUCUGACUAUGCAUAUCGAUCAAGAUGGAGGACGGUCUGCUUGUUCCCUAAAUUUUUCUUUUUCAGUCCCGUUGUGUCUUUGUCUGUUGUGUUUUUAUAUACAUUUUUUUUCAUGCUAUUUCAUUUACAUGUCUGUAAGAAUGUACAUUAAGUGUUAUGUAUGUAUUGUUUGACCAUUACAGUAUUAAUUCAACUCUCUGGCACUAAUAAGCAGCUCUUGGCAUCAGUCCGACACAAAUAUAGAAAACAAACGCUUGCCACAGAUGAGCAUCCAUCCCUAACAAUUCCAUCCAAUGUUACUUUGUAAAUUGUCAUUCUUGUUCUUCUGAUGUUGUUGAGCAGGAAGUGAGCUAUUGUUUUCAGUUUUUUAGAAAAUAGGAACUAUUUGGAAAAUGUUGCUUCAUAGUGCCCUCUAUUGGGUCAUUUCUGCCAUUGAUCAAAUGCACUGAUAAUGAAUGUUGUUGAUGGACAAAUUAUGUAAAAAAAAAAUGACAGCUUCUUUAGAUUUCACUCAGAGUUACUAAGGGAUUUUAUAAGAAAGGGCAAGUGGUUUGUUCAUACAUGUUCUGUUGUAGUACCAUGUGUAACAUGGGCUUUUUAGCACUUGGUUCAGGUUAUGGAGAUAGCAUUUGACAUUCUUAUAAUUAAUAACGUAUUUAUAUUAUACAUAUCAGUAUUAAUUUUUUGAUGUAAUUGUUUUUGUCAUUAUGCAAUUUUGCGAUGUCAGUAUUUUACAGAGAAUUGGUGGUUUUAUAAACUCUGUUUUUAGUCUAAAAGCACACAAUCACAUCUUGUCCAACACGCUUUUUUUUUUUUUUUUUUUUUUUUUUUAAAUAACACUUUUGUUCAUUUCCAAGCAUUGUUUAUCCCACAAAUGUUUAGCAACAAGGAUUACUAAACUAUCAGGAAUUGUACUCCCUCUAAUGAUAUGCAAAGAUCUGUUGUCGGAUAGCAAGGAAUUUGUGAUAAAAAAUAAUUAUUUAAAAAGAUCUUUUGUUUUUCAAGUGUUCAAAUGUCUUUUUCUCAUGAAAGCAAAGAAUGGACAAUCCCAACAAAAAGCCAAAGGGAAAUUCAGAUCUUCGCACUGACUGUUUUUUUUUUUUUUUUUCAAUGCCCACAAGCUACCAGAAUCUGACUGUAGUGCCAUUAUUUUUAGAUUUCUCACAUGAUGACAAAGUCACAAGCAAAACACAUUACCUGUCUUUAGCUUACACUUUGAUUAAAGUAAAAUGAAUAACUUUAAAGUGUAUUCAGGGAUGUUUGUAUGCCAAAGAAGCUCACAGUUUAACCUUUAAAGAUGAUCUUAUUUGAUAUUGUGUAGCCUCCCAUUUGUCUUUUACCCUUCAAGCCAGAAAUCUCCUUUAAAACUGAUAAAUAUUUAAAGACCACAUAUUGUAAGUCCUCAGUUUUCCCAAAAUCACAAAGCAUUUAAUGUCAUGAUGAUUUAUGAUUAAUGUAGGUUAAAUGUUGAUUAUGAAGGCUGAUAUAUAGUGAUCACUAUCAUGUCAUUAUUACAGAUUUUAUGUGCUAUGAUUUCAGUAGUUUUGAGUGCAAAGUGUCAACAACAAAAAACCUAUUCAAAUAAUACAUGAAAUUUGUGGCCUA